AUGGCGGCGCGCUCGACGCUCGGCGACUUUGUGCUGCAACAGAAGGUCGGCAGCGGCAGCUACGGCGUCGUUUGGAAGGAGCAGGAGGAGUGCAUCCGAGAGACCCAGAUCCUGUCGGGCUUCGACAGCGAUUACAUAAUCAAGUACUGGGACUCGUUCCUCGAGAAGCUUGCGGGCCUCCGUGUCGCGCGGCGCCGCGCGGGGCUUUCAGCCGGGGCUCUGGGCGAGGGUGGGCCCCGCGCCGCGGAGCCCGGCUCCCUAUCCCCACAGGACCACCUCUCAACCGCCCACGCCGCCGCCCCGCCGGGCCGCUGCCGCAAUACUAUCAACAUAUCGGCAUUGAAAAAGGGGCGGCUCUACAUAGUGAUGGAGUUUGCGGGGGGCGGCAACCUCCACGAGUUCAUAACGCGCUCCCAGGGGCCCCUGGCGGAGGACGUGAUCUGGCGGCUGCUCAUCCAGGCGCGCGGCCGCGACGCGAGCUGA